CAAAAUGACAAAACAACAACAUAUUGCAAUUAUUGGUGCUGGACCCGGUGGAUUAUCAUUGGCGAGAUUAUUACAAAAAGGGGAUGAUCAUCAACAAUAUUCCGUCAAGGUGUAUGAACGAGAUAUUAACAAUAGUGUACGCAUCAGUGGUGGUAGCUUGGAUCUCCAUGUGGACUCUGGGCAAAUCUUUAUUGAUAAGGCAGGAUUAAGAGAAGAAUAUGAUGCUGUGGCAAGAACUGAAGGUGGAUUUUAUACUUUGUAUACUCAAGACCUCGAUAAAGUAUGGGAAAAGUCAGUACCAGAACAUCCGGAAUUGGAUCGUAAUGAUCUAAGGACACUUUUGGUCAAUUCAUUACUACCAGACACAGUGAUAUGGGACCGCCAUAUGAUCAAGAUCGAACCACACGGUCGUGGUUACCAUAUGUACUUCAAGGGUGAUGAUCAACCGGUUUAUUGUGAUGCCAUUAUUGGUGCUGAUGGUGCAUCAUCCAAGGUACGUGCGUUUAUAUCACCUAGUAUGGCCAAACCUACUUAUAGCGGUGUGACAUUAAUUCAAGGUGAAAUGUUGGAUCCUGUCAAUCAAUGUCCUGAAUUGUUGGCAAAAGUGAACAAAGGAAGUUUAUGGGGAUUUGGAUCACGCGGUCGAUCUUUAGGAUUACAACAAAAGGGGGAUGGUACUUUGAUUUAUUUUGCUUCCUUCAAGGCUGAUGAUGAAGAAUGGUUCACAAAAACAUAUGGUAUCGAUACAGGUGAUAAUGAAAGUUUCCGUGCUGCUUUGUUAUCCAUCUAUGAGGACUAUGAUGCUCUAUUUUUGGAUUUAAUCAAGAAAACAGAUCUAUUUGCCAUUCGACGCUGUCAUGGAUUAAUGUAUAGAUCUACUUUGAACGAACGUUGGAUACCCAAGGAUACUGAUGAUGAUCGUCCUGCUAUUACAUUGAUUGGUGAUAGUGCUCAUGUAAUACCUUCUUUUGCUGGUAUGGGUGUGAACAAUGCCAUGUUGGAUACUAUUGAAUUAUCAGAAGAAUUAUUUAAAGAACAUCAAGAUAUACGUGCUGCUUUCACUGCCUAUGAAAAACGUAUGAUGGAUCGUUGUAUUCCUGCUGCUGAAUUUACUGCAAAAAUGGAAGAUAUUUUCCAUUGUGAAGACAAUAUUCGUGAAAUAACCAAAGUAUUCAAUAGUUUUGGUAAUGGUGUCAAAUUUACUGACAAGUGGAAACAUUUAGCAGAGAAUUAAAAUAUAGUAAUCUCCC